UUCCGGCUCCGUCCGUCACUUCCGGGAUGGCGGAAGGCGGGCAGGCGGCGGGGUCCCGGGGCCCGGCCGGGUGCUGGAGCUGCCGGGUCCUGGGCGGCCUCGGGCUUUUGGCGGCCGGGCUCUGGAUCUACCGCGGGCCCCGGGCCGUGCUGCGCCGGGGGGUGGCGCCCAACAUGGCCGACAUCGCGCAGAUCACCGCCGCCAUCAGCGUGGCCGCGUGGGGCGUGGUCAUCCUGGUGGACCCGGUGGGGAAGCAGAAGCGGAAGGAGCCCGACCCCCGGCUGACCUCUGACCCCUGACCCCAAUAAAGGCACCCGUUGACCUCUGA